UCUAUUCAGUUAGAUGUUUCAUUUCAUUUAUCAAUGGUUUUACUAAGUUUAUAUGGAAAUAUCUGAUGAGCAGCAUAAAUGAAGUCCCAUAAAGAAUGGAGAUAUGUAAUUCUCAAAAUUCUUGUUACUGAUGGAUGCAAAGCUGAAUAUGUACUGCAACAGUGCCAUUGGCACUCUCCUGAACUGAAUAUGUACGGCAACAGUGCCACUGGCACUCUCCUCAGAGGACACCAUCAAUGGGAAGAGACAAGCAAGUGGAGGCCUUUGGCUCUGUCCGGAAAUGGAUCGCAAACCUCCCAGAAAUUCCUUUAGCCUGCAGCAAAAAGGAAACCAAAACUAUUGAGAAGAGGAAUUGUACAAUACUCUGAUAGAUUCAACAUCCACACAUCCACAGUGCUGAGCAGGGCAUAAUUGCAGUUUGGGGGCUACUUCCUCAUACAAAUACAAAUGGAGAAGCUCAACCUGGUGAACAGUGUGCUAUUUACUGGUAGAUGGGCUAAAACUGGUUUAUACUAUGAGACUGUGCAGGAGAUUUUCAAGACGGUUCACCACAAUGCUUACCACGAAGAUCCUUAUGCAAAGGAGUUUGGCAUCAAAAUCAGUGAGAAACUUGCUUCGGUUGAAGCACGCAUUUUACCUGCACCUUGGCUUAAAUACCAUGACACUGGUAGAGAAAAGGAUUGCUUGCCCCAAGUUGGUCAAUGGAAUAUGAUGAACAAGGUUUGUUUUCCAGGCCAAUUGCAACUAUUCAAGUUCCAACUAUCAACAUUUGCAAGUAACAAGCCAUAUAUGUGAACAUGGCACACGUACAAGAUCCAAGCUGAUCAUCAGAUGAGACCCACGAUCUUGUUAAUAUGAAAAUGGGGAGAGGGAUAACCUCUCCAACCAGCAAAGAGACAAAACCCUGCUCCAAGACUGAAGGAAAGCACACAAUCCCAUAGCUAGAGUUUUCUUAAUAUUUCUGACAUGGGUUUCUCUUAUCUUCUGAUUUUUCUACAGUUGAUUCAGAAUUUCUUUCUCACUUGAAUUGGGUUCUUAUUUUUCUUUCUUAAUUUUGUUCCCAUAUCCAGGUGGGGAAUGGUGCAAU